UGCAUAAAAACCCUCUGCACUCUUCAGUCUGAUGUCCUGUUGCUUCAACAGCAUCUACAAGCCUCCAGCUCUCCACUUUUCCAGAACCACAGCAACCAUGAGCCAUUCUUCAAUGCAUACGUCUACCUCUUACAGGCGCACCUUUGGAAGUCCACACCCCAUCUCAAUGGCUUCCUACUCUCCUGUGUCCAGUCGCAUGCCUGUUUCUUCUGGACGCUACAUGCGUUCCAUGUCGCCCGUGGUGGCGUCCCGAUCCACCACCUACCACCAACAGCGUUCCCGCCCCAGCCCUCAGCCCCCUCGCCUGUCUUAUGACAAGGUGGACUUCAGCCUGUCCGAGGCCAUCAACCAGGAGUUCCUCACCACCCGCAGCAAUGAGAAGGCUGAGCUGCAGGAGCUCAACGACCGCUUUGCCAGUUUCAUUGAGAAGGUGCGAUACCUGGAGCAGCAAAAUGGUGCACUGCAGCAGGAGCUCAACCAGUUCAAGGGCCAGCAGCAGCACGGCCAGCCCAACCGGGCAUCGGAGAUGUUCCAAGAUGAGCUGAGAGAGAUGAGGCGCCAACUUGAUGCCGUCGGCAAAGAGAGGGACGAGUAUCAACUGGAGAGGGACAACCUGGCUGAGGACCUGACCCUGGUCAAGCAGAGGUUGGAUGAGGAGGCCCAAAAGAGGGCAGAAGCUGAGAACAACCUGGUUGCUUUCCGCAAGGAUGUGGAUGAUGCUACUCUUGCCCGUUUGGAGCUUGAAAGGAAAAUUGAAUCUCUAAUGGAUGAGAUUGAAUUCCUUAAGAAACUCCAUGAUGAGGAAAUCCAGGAUGUACAAGUGAGUGUCCAGACCCAGCAGCUGAAGAUGGAGGUGGACAGCAGCUCCAGGCCAGAUCUCACCGGUGCUCUAAGGGACAUCAGGGCUCAGUAUGAGACCAUUGCCUUAAAGAAUAUGCAAGAAUCUGAGGAAUGGUACAAGUCCAAGUUUGCAGAUUUAACUGAGUCUGCGAAGCGCAACACUGAUGCUCUGAGACAGGCCAAGCAGGAGGCCAAUGAGUCAAGAAGGCAGAUUCAGUCUCUCAACUGUGAAAUUGAUGCAUUGAAGAACACGAAUGAGGCUCUGCUGAGGCAGAUGCGUGAAAUGGAGGAUCAGUUUGGCAAUGAGAUUGGCAACUAUCAGGACAACGUGGGCAGGCUUGAGGAAGAGAUACGCCACCUGAAGGAUGAGAUGGCUCGCCAUCUUAGGGAGUACCAGGACCUCCUCAAUGUCAAAAUGGCUCUGGACAUUGAGAUUGCGACUUACCGCAAACUGCUGGAGGGGGAGGAAAGCAGGAUCUCCGUUCCCAUUAUGAAUAUGGGAAUGAGUAAUCACCUUGGUGAUCGAGAUUACGAAAAAACUCCAGACACCCUAAGCAAAAGGACUGUGGUCAUCAAGACAGUGGAGACUCGAGAUGGAGAGGUGGUGAAGGAAUCCAGAAGGGAGAAGGAGAGUGACUCUGGCAAAACUGACAAGGAUGAGUAGAUGCAAACUGAACAAACAAUGUGAACGCCAGUGCCGUGAUAGAAAAAAAAUAGAAAGCUGAACAAUAGAAAAAAACAAAGCUGAGCUACAGUAUCUAAUCCUCCUUCUCAUUAGUUAUGUGUUUGAUUGUCUGGUAAUAUGUCUCUCAGUAUUGGUGCAGCUUUGAUUAAUUCCUUUAGACGGUGUCACUUUGGUGCUAUGUAAGAAUACCCCCACUUUUGCUAAACACCUGUGUCAUCUGUAGGGCUGUGCAAAUCCACUUUAAUUAAUGGACCACUUGAGGCCUUGAUUUACAGUGCAAUCCUUAGACAACCAUGCUGAAGAAGAAGUAGUUUAAAUACAGGAUCUCAGUAGCUUGUGUCAUAAUAAUGACUCACUAGCAAACUUUCUGACACUGCCCUUUUGCCGACACACCUUAAAAGACAGACUGAGACUAAUUGAAUCUGUCUGCUUUUGUUUUAGAAGCUCCGCUAUCCUCUUGCUGUGCAAAUAACCUUUUCACCAAAGUUGUGUGAGAACUAAUGAACAUGUAACACACAGGCAAUGACUGACACUAGAAAUGAC